CUUUCUUUCUUUAUUUGUUUGUGUAUCUACAUAACAAUCAUAUCAACAAUGGGAAUAUGCUGCUGUAAACAAUAUGAAGAAGACAGAGGUAAAAACAUCACAAAGACCCAUGAUAAAAAGAAUGCAACUAACUAUGAAAAGAACAAUAGAACCAGAUUUAAGCCAAUUUCAUCUAUUAAAAAUCAUUGGACAAGGAGUAUUUGGGAAAGUACGCAUAGUUCAGCACAAAAGAACGAAAAGACAGUAUGCUUUAAAAUACAUUGAUAAAUCAAUAUGCAUCAAACAAAGAGCAAUCAGCAAUAUUAUUACAGAAAGAACUAUACUGGAACGCAUUCAUCAUUAUCCACUCUUGACUAACUUGCACUACGCCUUUCAAGAUGAUGACACUCUCUUUUUCGUUUUAGAUCCAAUGCUGGGCGGUGACUUGCGCUUUCAUUUAGAACAGCAGCUGAAUUUCCCUGAAUCACAAGUACGACAUUAUGUUGCAUGUAUUGCCUUAUCAUUAAAUUAUAUUCAUACAAGAAGAAUAGUCCACCGAGAUAUAAAGCCUGAAAACAUCUUGCUCGAUCAAAACAACUAUGCUCAUCUAUCCGACUUCAAUAUCGCCAUUCAAUUUGAUCGACAUCAGCCACUUGCUUGGUCAAGAGCAGGUACCGUUGCUUACAUGGCUCCUGAAAUGCUCGCAAAGAAAGGCUACUCUACUUCAGUUGACUGGUGGAGCUUGGGCAUUGUUGCAUUUGAAUUACUUUUUGGAGUGCGUCCAUUUAGAGCAAAAUCAAAAGAAGAACUGAUUCACUCAAUACUAUGUGAUCCACUGGUGUUUCCACAAAAUGUGUACGAUGUCAUAUCUAUGGACUGCAUCGACGUUCUUACUGGUUUGCUGGACAAAUCACCUUACCAAAGACUAGGGCACCAUAACUUUGAAAGGUUCAAAUCACAUAAGUGGUUUCAAGGCUUAGACUGGGAUAAAUUAGAAAAGAAGCAACUACCGUCACCUUAUCCGCUGGAUAAAUCAAACAAGGUCAUACAGAACGAAUUUAAGGAUGAUGGACUUGUUUAUUCAACAAAGAGGAUGUCACUGCCUGUAACAGUAGAUGAUUUACCGGUGACGGAAGAAGCAAGAUGCAGGUUACAGCUGGAACAAGAAUUUUUAAACUUUGAUUAUUAUCAAACAGAAGAGAAUGUCAAGAGUGCGUCGUUUUAUGAUAGAUUUAAUAAAUGGUUUAAUUGAGUCUGCAAAAAUAGGGAAUGAGUUAUUCAUGUAAAUAUCAUCAACAAACAUGUCACUUACGAUCCUUUGCAAAAUUUACUUCCACAAAAGCAAGGU